AAGUGGUCACAUUGAGGUGGUCAAAGAGCUCCUGGAAUGGAAGGCUAAGACAAACAUUGGCGAUAAUGAGGGUAAAACACCAUUGAUGAGGGCUGUAGAAUGCCGGCGUGAAGAAUGUGUGCGGUUAAUGAUACAUGAUGUGGACGUGAACGUGAAGGAUGUGCGUGGGGACACCGCUCUCCACUUGGCUGUCCGAGAGGGCAGCAUCAACAUCACCGAGCUCUUGAUCAAGGAAAGAGCCGACGUCAACCCUGUUAAUAAGGCUGGAUGUACGCCCUUACACCUGGCUGUUCUUGGUAAACGUGAACAGAUUGCUCACAUACUACUGCAAGAGGGAGCAGAUGUGGAGAGCAAAGAUAGCAAUGAAAGGACGCCACUGAUGCUUGCCUGUCAGGAUGGGAACAUGUCCAUGGUCAAACUCCUCCUGCAGAGUAAUGCAGACACAGACGUAAAGGACAUCAAAGGUUGGUCAGCAGAUGACAUUGCUGUCAUGCAGGGUCAUCAUUCAUGCUCUCAGCUGAUCACUGACCACACCUACCAGCAUAAGCGGCCAACCAGUGCCAGCAGUACCCCACGCUCUGGUGCUUCUGUGUUUGGUGGGAGCACGCAGAACACACCUCGACAAGAGUCUACCUCUAUCGGCUUUGGGGCACCUGUAGCAGACAUGGCAGAUGAUGACUCUGGAGAUGAAACUGUUAGCAGAGCAUCCGGGGGUGCAGGUGGGGGGUACGACUCCUGGAACAGUGACACAGACUUAAGCCUGGCUACAGAUGACAAGAAAAGGGAGGAGGAAGUUGAGGAAGAAGUUGAGGGAGGCCCAAAAGUGAACUUGUCAAAGAUGGUAAAGAAUAUGUCGGAGAGUGAUGACAUGGAAACCCCAAGAAGUGGUGCCAUUCCUGAGGAGGAAGAGACAAAUGGUGAAAGAUCAAAGGCUAAAGUUGAAUCUCAGGACUCGUUCCAGUCCCAAAAUUCCCUGCAAGACCAGUGGUCAGAUCAAGAAUCACCGCUGGCCCGUAAACGAUCAGCCACUCGUGUGUCCUUCAAACGCGAUGAAGAACUCUCACAAGUCCACAAUAUUAGUGCUCAGGAUGAGGAAAGUUCAGAUAUGGAGCCACAGCAGAGAAUAUUAAACAACGGACAGCCAGAGAUUGUUAGUGGUUACACAUCUUCCGCUUCAGCAUCGCCAUCAAAACAAACACCUGAAAUGUCACAGGAAAAGAUGAGAGGCCAAGAAACCAACCAUGCCCUGAUGGAAGAGUUGGGUAUUAGCGAUGCUGACGACAUCAGCGAUGUGGAGUUCAGCGAGGAGGUGUCUAUAGCUGAGGGAAACAAGCAAGCUGUAGACCAGGAGGAUGGUGGGGAGAAUGCACCCAGGCCAGGUAUCCUCAAGAACUGGAAACAGCUGGGUUACACAGAUGAGACGGAAAUUGAUGACUAUGUUAUUCCAGUAAAACUGAAAAGGGCAAAGUCUCUUGAAGAGAUGGACGAUAACAGCCAUGACAAUGGCCAGGAUGAUAACUCUGAGUGGGACAGUGAUGUGGAAGGCCUCCUUAGCCCUAGACAGACUCACAUGUCCAUGGCGAAGCAGGAGGACUCCGAUUGGGACUCUACCGUUGACGCGGUCACACCAAGGAAUCAAAAAGAACAGAAUUACCAAGAAUUCACAAAUGAGGAAGAGGAAGGUCAUUUUGAGGCCCUGACCACACAAGUUUCCAUAGAACCAAGUGACCUUGACCUUCAGCUGGUGACACCUGUGCAGAGCACACCUGUGAAGACAAGGCCACAGAGGAUGGCCCCAGGGCCUGGGGAAGAGGAGGAUGAAGAGGAAUCUGCAUGGGACUCAGAGGAUGAGCUUUCCAACAGAGAGAAGAGUGCAUCGUCACGGCGACCACCCCUCUCCACUCAGAAGCCAGUUCAGGAUGAUUUGGAGUCAGAGGAGGAGGAGUCAAUCAGUGAAUGGGAGGUUGACAGACAGCGACAGAAGGAUAAACAGCAAGCUGAAGAUGAAGAAUAUGAGAGACAGCAAUUGCAACUGCAACAUGAAGCUGAAGAAAGACAAAAAGAGCAAGAAACUGAACAACAAAGGCAAAAUGAGGAAGCAGAACGACAAAGGCAAAUGGAAGCUGAACGACAAAGGCAAAUGGAAACAGAACAACAAAGGCAAAGAGAAGAAGCUGAACGACAAAAGCAGCAGGAAGAAGCUGAACGACAAAGACAAUUGGAGCGAGAAGCAGAACAGCGAAAACAGAUGGAGCAAGAAGAAGAGCGCCGUAGACAAAUUGAGGAAGAAGCAGAACGACAAAGACACAGGAAAGAUGCAGCAGAGAGACACAGACAAAUGGAAGAAGAGGCAGAGCGGCAAAGAAAAUGGGAAGAAGAAAAGAAUCAAAGGGAGGCAUCAAUUGCUCAAGAGGCAGAGAUAGAACUACAGAGAGAGAGAGCGAAUCAGAAUUACCAGUCAGCUGGGCAAGAUCUCUUUAAUGUCGGUAGUGGUGAUGUUAUCAGUGACCAAGAUACACGGGAAUUACACAGAGAAGAGCUGAACAACAUUCAUAUUGACGGUGUCCACGACAAUUUGACAUUGAAUCAAGGCCCUGAGCUCACCCCGGUACACGACGAGGCACUGGUCAGGAUGUCAUUACAGAGUGAUGGGAACAGCUAUGAUGAAGAAGAUUCAAUGAUGUCAGACAACUUCUUGGAUUCACCUCGAGAUAGUCGUACUCAUGCUGGGUUGAUGUCAGCAGGAAGUCUCUAUGCAAACCUGGGGAUUCCGCCAGAUGAUGAUGGCCUCUCCUACACAUCCACGGAGGAUUUUGGGGGAGAGUUACAACCAGUCCCGUACAACCGAGACAUUCUCUCAGGAAUGACAUUUGGAGAUUCCUCUGCGGCAAUCAAGUUGCAGGACAACCUUCGUGAACAGAAGCGUCAGCUAGAGAAAGAGAAAAGUCAGCGCAUGCUUAUGGAGAAUAAACACCGCAUCCUACUCAAAGAUAACGACGACCUCCAGAGGAAAGUGGAGGAUCUCAGCCAACAACGAUCCAGUCUUGAACAGCUGAAGCUUGACCUUGAAUCCAAGAACAGGUCACUGGCGUACAACCUAAAUGAGGAGACAGAAAAGAGGAAAAAUGCAGAUGUUCUUCUUCUGAAGAUCAAAGAACAGUUGGACAGAAAAGAGGAGCAAUACACCAGUGAGAUGGAGGCUAAGCAAAAAGCUGAACUGGCCAUGAGGAAUGUUCAAAUGGAAUUAAGGUCGGCACAGUCAACAAUCAAACAGCUGACAGAUGAAAAACAAGAUCUGGAGCGACACCUGGCACAAGAGAAGAGUGCACGUGCACUUCAAGAGCAGCUUAAUGAGGAGCAACAGCGUCGUCAUCGUCAACUACAGCAGGAUACCUCACGAACGACUGAGGCUCUGAGUAAGUUAGAAGCAUCAGAUGAGGGGCGCAAACAUGCCCAGGACACAGUGGAGAAACUCAGGGCAGAGGUUUAUGCUCUUAAGAUGGAGUUGGACAGGCAAAGAGCCCGAUUUAAGGAUGAUCACUCUGUCUUAGCUAAUGAAAAUGAGGAACUUCAAGGCAGGAUCGAUGACCUGAAAAACGAUCUGAAACUGAAUGAGGAAGCUCUGGCACAUGCGACAAUGCAGUACAAUGUUCAGUUGAGCUCCAUGAGGACUGAGAAUUCCAUGCUGACCUCAUCACUGGAGAAGGAACGAGCGAGCAAAGAUAAAGUGGAGACAGAGUUGGAGUCAAUGAGGAACCGACAACAUACAGCUUCCUUAGAACUGGAGAGAAGCCAACAAGCGAGGAGUGAAGCAGAAAGGAUGCAUCAAAGGGAAAAGGAUGAUUUCAUGAAACAGAUGGACAGGCGCGAGCAAGAAUUGAGCAAUGCAAAAGAUAAUCUACAGGCCAUGCACCAGAGAGCAACAACAGCAGAAGCAAAACUGUCCACCCUAGAAAAUGAGCUACAUGCAACCAAUUCUUCAAUUCUGGAAAAGAGCACACUCUCUGCUCAGUUGCAGAGAGAGCUGGAUCACACCAAGUCCAUGAUGGAAAACCUAGAGGAAAACUUCAGGAGAGAAAAAGAGCAGGUUACAAAACUUCAGGUGAAGUUGGAAUCUGCCCAGGACAGAGUGAACUCUCUCCAGCACGAAAACCUCACUUUGAAGCAACAACUGGAAACCACUCAGCAUACACUGAGUGACAGGACAGGCAUGGACAUUAAUGACAAGUUCAAUGCUAUGCUAUCAUCCAUUAAGACUGAUCAUGACAAGAGUCGAUCUGACCUCGAAGAAAAAAACAGUUCAAUGUCGGAGUUGGUGGUGCGUCUCCGAGAAGAGCUGAGGAACUCUGACAACAAGAAGAUGAGCUUAGAGCAGGAGCUGAGACACCUGAACCAGGAUCAUAACGAUACUCUGAAGAGAUUGAGCUCCACAGAAGCCUCUCUUGAAGUUACUCAAAAGGUGAAGAUACAGUUGGAACAGGAGCGCAAUCAGCUUCGCAUGGAGGCCGAGAAGUCGGCCCAGAAGUAUGAGAUUGCACACGACAAAACAAUAGAGCUGCAGGCUCGCAUCACAGAGCUGGUGGACCGCCUGGAGAGAGCAGAACAUUCCUCAAUUGUUAGCAGCCAGCAGCUGGCCCAUAGCUCUGCCAACAUGCAGGCUUUCACAAGAUCAAGGGAUGAGGCUGACGCUGCUCCAGAUGGUUUGGAGGACAGUGUGCAUAAACUUGAGGUUGACAAGGCCAGGCUGGAGACUGAGCUAAAGCAUGAAAGGCAGAGAGUGGAGCUCCUGCAGAGAGACCUGGAUGAUUCGCAGAAGGUGAGGAGCAGCUUAGAGGCUCUGUGUUCCAAUCUCAAAACUACAAAUGCUCAUCUAGAAGAUAAACUUGGGGAAGAGACAGUGACGCGAACAGUUCUCCAUCAGGAGGCUGAGGACACUAAGGACAUGUGGGAGAAAGAGGUUCUGUCAAGGUCAAAGUUAGGGCUGCGGAUAGCUCAGCUAGACCGGCAGAAGCAGGAUGUACUAGCCCAGCUGGAGGAGGAAAAAAGGAAAGUCAGGAAGGCAGUAGAAGCCAAGAGGCUGGUGGAGACCAAGCUUGAGGCUGAAGUGGACAAAAAUGCACAACUGCAAAAGGAAAUUGCGCACUUGAGAGCUUAUCUGAAAUCUGCUAAGAAGAAACUGCGGCUAAACAACAUUGAUGAUCUGUCUGAGCUCCAGAGUCUCCUGCAGGAGGAGCUCGAUCAGAAGGACCAUUUCCAGAGCAAAAACAGGACCCUGGAAUCUCUGUUGUUCUCUUCCAAGGCCCCAAAGCUUGAUAAGAACAGACAUAUCGCAGAAGAUGAGCGGUUCCCAAUGGAGAAUGGAUUUAGCGACAGUUUUGAGGUUGAGCAAAUCAAGCGAGAGCUGGAGGCCAAAUAUCGCAUGGAGCUGAACAGGAAGUUGGAGGAUGUGAAUAGGUAUUUAGAGGAACAGGCACAAGCUCGUGAUCGGUUAGAUCAUGUCCGCAACAACAAUGAGGCCAGCCUGAAGUCUGAGAAGCGAAAACUGGAGGAUGAAGUAUCAGAGUUGAGGCUGAAAUUCGAGCAGGCAGUCGCUGAGAAACAGAGCAAGGACCUGGAGGCGCGGCGAUUCCGAGACCUUUAUGACGGCGAAAUGAAGUGGCGCAUGAAACUCGGCGACCAGCUCCAGAGGUCCACAGAGAAAUCUUAUGGCUACAAGUCACGGCUAGCGACAGAGAUGCAGAGGAGUCGGAUCUAUGGGAGUGUGGGCAAUCUGAGCUCCCCUCUGGGUCUAGUGGACAGCUCCCCUCUUGAUGCCGUGAGAGUAUCCAAUAGACUAGACAGCGAUGACCCCUUAAAUAGACGUCUUAAAGCAGAGCUUGACAGAAGUAUAGCAAAACACCUUGAAGCAGGUCCCCAUGACAACCUAAAGCCAGUGAUCCGAACUGCUGAGGAUAACCCCUACCUCAAUAGCUCACUGGCAAAAUCAAAUUCUGACUACCUUGCACUUCUCAAAAAGAAAUAUUUUGUCUAGCGCUUUCAAACUUUUCGGUUAGACACUAUAAUUCACUUUGUUGAAGUCAGCCAGUUGUUUUAAUAUUGGGUAUUUACCAUGUAGUGUACCCUUCCACAUCUCUUCCCUGUUUGCCAUGCUAGCCUUUGUUGAGGGGCAGGGUCACAAAUGUGUUUGUGAAAUGGAGGAAGUGGAGAUGAUGGUAGGAAGGUGUGGAGGACAAUGAAAUACGCAGGUUUUGUGUGACACACUCUACAGCAGAGAAGGGCCUGGGGCAUGACUUAGUGCAGACAGUAUUACUGUAACACCGCCCUCUGUAAUCAAACAUUUGUUUCAUUCCUUCAUAUCACCAUACCAUUAACAUUUCAUCA